AUGUCUCCUGCAUCGUCUUUCUCAUUUGCUGUUGUGGCAGGUACUGAUGUGACUGCGUCCGCAGAGGGCUGUGACGCCGUGGGCGACAAUGAAAAGUGUUGUGCUGCAUUUUCGGAUCGCUGGUGUCGGGUUCUCGGAGGGAAAGAUUGCGACCAGCGUGCGAAAGGAAAAGUUCUUCGCUGCGAUAUAAGCCAGUUCAUCCGAGAGACGGACAAGUGGGAGCGGUUGCACCUAUCUACCGUCCUCCAUUAG